AGAGCCUAGCUUUGGGAUUGGGUAGAGAGCAUAUAGCGUAACAUCCCCCCUCCUCCUCUGUGGAGAAUUGCGUUAAAACGAAAAAGGAAAGGCCCUGCGCUUUGACAAAAUAACAGAACACAGUAGUUUUUUGUUUUUGUUUAGUUUUUCUUACUUCUAUAUUAAACGAGGACGCGUCGCUGGCCGGUGUAUGUGUUUAGAAUGGGACACGCUGAAGGUCCAGUCAAAGAAAAAGACAGUUAAGGAUGCCGGAGCCCAACAAUGGAUUUCUCCUUCUCUUUCAUGCAAGGGAUCAUGGGAAAUACAAUUCAGCAACCCCCUCAGCUUAUUGACUCAGCCAACAUCAGACAGGACGGCACCUGCGACACCGGCAGUGACCCGGGCGAGGAUGGUGGUCCCUCCUACGAUGCGGCCCUGGAUGCAGACUUCUCUUACCCGUCCUCCGCGUCAGAGGACUUGCCACAUGUCUCCAACGGCUAUCCUCCUGGUCUGGGCAUGUACGAGCCACAGUCCAAGUUCUCCAUGUACUCGCAGUUCCCCAACGGCUCUGCUAACGGCUACGGGGCCAUACGCAGCUACGCGGAGCACGGCCUUCUCAUGCCUGGAGAGGGGACAGUUCUAAGGGGCCCUGGCCUCCAGGAAAGACCACGCUCUCCCGUUUCGCCUCCGCUGCCCACGCAUCACCCGCACCUGCACCCCCACCACCCCCAUCACCAUCAUCACCACCAUCACCACGCACACCACUUCCUGUCAAACACGCCCCACAUCCAAAGCCACCCGCAGAGCCCCCCGCCAUUGCCUUUGCCCACUCAGCACCACUUGCCCCACACGCCUCACAUCAUGACCCACACGCUGCCUCCUCCUCCAUCCUUGCACCUGCCCUCGUCCAGCCCACCCCCCUCUCUCGUGGACAGUACCCCCUCCUCGCAGCCUGUCCAACCCCCCACACCCAGCGUCCCGGGAGGGGUGCUGAAGAAAACCAGCUCCCCGGAGAUCAAGCUGAAGAUCAUUAAGACGUAUCAGAAUGGCAAAGAGUUGUUUGAAUCUGCACUGUGUGGAGACUUACUGCAAGAACUGCAGGAAUCUCAGAAGAACGAGGCGGCUCAGGUGCAGCGCCGACAUGAGAGGAAGAAAGAGAAGAGGAAAAAGACUACCAAGCUCCAGCUACACAUCCAGGAGGCGAGUCUGGAGCACGUCCAAGGCCUUGCAGCUACCGCAAGCAAGACAGAAGACACCUACGUCCUGCCGCAGCCAAGAGAAGUACCACUGACCCAGACAGAAAAGCCUCAGAAGGCCGUUAUCAAAACUGAGCCAAAGACAGCAAAGGUUCCGAAAGUCAAUCAACCUUCUGUGAUCCAAGAGACUGGAUUCUGUAAGGAGUUUGUGAUUGGAGAUCUAGUGUGGUCCAAGGUGGGUACUUACCCUUGGUGGCCUUGCAUGGUGUCAUCCGACCCACAGAUGAAGGUCCACACGCGUAUCAACACCAGAGGUCACAGGGAAUACCACGUCCAGUUUUUUGGCAGCGUAGCAGAGCGAGCGUGGAUCCACGAGAAGAGGAUCGUCAUGUACCAGGGCAAGGAACAGUUUGAUGAACUCCAAACUGAGACGCUACGGAAGACCACAAACCCUGUGGAAAAACACAAACUCCUGAAGCCUAUCCCUCAGAGGGAGCGUGCUCAGUGGGAAGUAGGCGUGGGCCACGCGGAGGACGCCUUCCUGAUGACGCGCCAGGAGCGCAUCGACAACUACACUUUCAUUUACGUCGACCCGACACCCAACGAGGCGCAGUCUGCGAAGAAAGCCAACGGGCGGGCUGAGAAGCGGAGCAGACGCUCCAGCGGCUCUACCAAUAAGAAGGAAGACGGCGGAGUGAAGUCGCCAGACAGAGAGCAGCCACCAAGAAGACAGCUACCACGUCGGCAGUGUAGUAUUUCCAACACGGACGACUCUCAGGCCUCAAAUGAGAAGAUGAACCUGAGGGGGGACCAGAAUAAGAGAGACUCUCCUAAACAGGAUUCAGAUGCAGGGGCGCAGCAGGAUUCUCCACCGCCGGUCAAGGCGUGGAAAACUGCGGCAGCAAGGAAGCUCCUGCCUCUCUCCAUCACCAUGAAGAGGCUGAAUGUGGAGAUCACAAAGUGUGACUGGCCUCUCCUGCAGAAGAAAAUGGCUCCUUCGCCGAAGAAAGAAAUGGACAAGGAUGAUGAUGACGAGGAGAGAGUGGAGGGAGAAGGCAGGCAGCCCGAUUUGGGCUACUGCUCGCCAGAGGACAGCAGAGCUAAACCCGAACCCAGCCCAGAGGAGGAGGAAGAUGUAGAUGACAUGGAAGAAGAGGGGGAGGAGAGGAGAGAAUCACCUGCAAGUCGGAGGAGCGAGGAGGGAGGAAUGCAGCCGACAUCUUCUCCUGGCUCUCAUCACAGCAGUCCUCAUGGUUCUCAGGAGAGGAAGCUGCAGCGACGAUCGAUCAGGAGCAGGUCAGAGUCCGAGAGAGGGAAUGACCCCGUGCCUAAGAAGAAAACCAAGAAGGAACAGGCGGAGAUGGCUCCAGAGGCCACUCCGAGGGCAGGUUCCCAGAAAGGAGCCAGUGAGAUAUCUGAUGCCUGUAAACCUCUGAAGAAACGAAGCAGAGCGUCCACAGAUGUAGAGAUGGCGUCAUCCCAGUAUCGAGACACAUCGGAUUCAGACUCGAGAGGCCUCAAUGAUCCACAGGGUUUAUUCGGGAAAAGUCUUGAUAGUCCAGCAGCUGCAGACGCAGAUGCCUCAGAUACUCAGUCUGUGGACUCUGGCUUGUCUCGUCAGGACGGCAGCACCAGCAAGAGGGACACCGUCUGCCAGAUCUGUGAGGUGUACGGUGAGAAUUUGGUGCUGUGUGAAGGUGACUGUAACAGGCAGUUUCAUCUGGAGUGUCUCGGUCUGACGUCCUUACCUGAAGGACGGUUCACCUGCCUGGAAUGUAGAAAUGGCACUCACCAGUGUUUCAGCUGUAAGAAAGCAGGCCAGGAGGUGACCCGCUGCUCCGUGAGCGGAUGCGGCUGUCAUUACCAUGAGGAUUGUGUCCGUAAACUGCCAGGCACCACCACCAGCAGCUCAAGUGGUGGCUUCAGUUGCCCCCAGCACAGCUGUGCCACCUGCUGUCUGGAGCGAGACCUCCAGCGAGCUAGCAAAGGUCGCCUGAUGCGUUGCAUCCGCUGUCCGGUGACGUAUCACACGGGCGACAGCUGCGUGGCGGCGGGCAGCGUCAUUCUCACACAUCACAUCAUGAUCUGCAGCAGCCACGGCAGCACCAGGAAGAACGGCCUCCUCACCUCCCCUGUCAACGUGGGCUGGUGCUUCCUGUGUGCCCGAGGGCUGUUAGUGCAAGACCUUACUGACACCAUAUUAAGUUCAUAUGCCUAUAAGUCCCACUACCUUCUGACUGAGUCAAAUCGUGCUGAGUUGAAAUUACCUAUGAUUCCCUCUCCUUCGUCAGCUACCAAAAAGAAUGUUGGGAAAGGAGGCAAGUUGCUGUGCUGCGACUCAUGCCCUGCUUCCUUCCACCCGGAGUGUCUGGAGAUGGAGAUGCCGGAGGGGCCAUGGUCCUGCAGUGACUGUAGGGCCGGGAAGAAGCCUCAUUACAAACAAAUAGUCUGGGUCAAACUGGGCAACUACAGGUGGUGGCCAGCAGAGAUCUGCAACCCUCGUUUGGUUCCCUCGAACAUCCAGAGCCUUCGCCACGACAUCGGUGACUUUCCUGUCUUUUUCUUCGGUUCCCAUGACUACUACUGGAUCAAUCAGGGCCGUGUCUUCCCUUAUGUCGAGAACGACAAAAACUUUGUGACGGGUCAGAUCAACAUCAACAAGACUUUCAAGAAAGCUCUGGAAGAAGCAGCCCGGAGAUUUCAGGAGCUCAAGGCUCAGAGGGAGAGCAGGGAGGCUCUUGAACAGGAGCGAAACUCUCGCAAACCUCCACCUUAUAAAUGUAUCAAGUCCAACAAACCCGUGGGGAAAGUGCAUAUGCAUGUUGCAGACUUGUCCGAAAUCCCACGCUGCAACUGUCGGCCAACAGACGAACGUCCGUGUAGCUUGGACUCUCAGUGUCUCAACCGCAUGCUGCAGUAUGAGUGUCACCCUCAGGUCUGUCCUGCAGGAGACAAUUGUGAGAACCAGUGUUUUUCCAAGCGUCUGUACACUGAGACUGAAGUGAUAAAGACAGAUGGUUGUGGAUGGGGCCUCAGGACCAAUCAGGCUUUGAGGAAGGGUGACUUUGUGACUGAAUAUGUUGGAGAAGUUAUUGACUCUGAGGAGUGCCAGCAGCGAAUCAAACGUGCCCAUGAAAACCAUGUAACAAACUUCUACAUGCUAACGCUUACAAAGGAUCGUGUGAUAGACGCUGGUCCCAAAGGGAAUUCUGCUCGGUUCAUGAACCACAGCUGCAGCCCAAACUGUGAAACCCAGAAGUGGACGGUUAACGGGGACGUCCGCAUCGGACUCUUUGCUCUCUGCGACAUUGAGGCUGGCACCGAGCUCACGUUCAACUACAACCUGCAUUGUGUGGGCAACAGAAAAGCAUCUUGCCACUGCGGAUCAGAUAACUGCUCAGGUUUCCUCGGGGUGCAGCCAACCAGUGCUGUGGUGAUGGAGAAAGAGGAGAAGGCAAGGAACGCCAAGCUGAAGCAGAAGAAGCGGAAGCUGCGGCUGGAGGGCAAACACAUGCACGAAUACUUCUGUUUUUGCUGUGGAGAGGGUGGGGAGCUGGUGAUGUGCGACAGGAAGGACUGUCCCAAGGCAUACCACCUGCUGUGUCUCAACCUCACCAAGCCGCCAUACGGGCGUUGGGAGUGUCCAUGGCACGACUGCAGUAUUUGUGGUGGUCAGGCCUCGUCGCUCUGUGACUUCUGUCCUCGCUCCUUCUGCCAAGAUCAUGAGGCAGGGGCACUCACCGCCUCCUCAUUGGAGGGCCGCCCCUGUUGUUCCAGCCACAACCCCCUCAGUCCCCUGUGCUCCAACCCCGGCUCCACCAAGCAGCCGCUGCUGCUGCCACUACCACCUUCCUCUCUGAGCCCCGUCACAGUCAAAGAGGAACCACAAAGAGACGAUGUGGCGCCCUCGUUACCUCAUUCCCUGUAAAGUGCACUCCUGGCACUCCACCCUGCCGCCCGGGCUGCUGUACACCUGUGCUCACUAAAGGGAAUAUUUCACUUUUUUUGCGUGUCGGACCUUCAGAGCCAGGACGACAAACUCCUGGAUGGUGAUUGUGGCGAACGGAGUGCGAUUGGAGCACCACCAGAUGAGAACGUGCACCCCCUCGCCAUAUAACAAAUCCAACCGCUCCAAAAUCCUGGACCAACACCUCAUUUUGUUCCGUUUUUGGAUUAUAAGUAUUGUCAGUCGCUGGCACUUUGAAGGAAGUGAGGUGGUGGGAGGGGACGCCACAUUGCUGCUCCUCUUGUUUACCUGCUGUACGCUGUGUGGCGAGCGUCUUUUACACACACACACACACACACACACACACACACACACACACACACACACACACACACACACUUCCACUGCCACUCCUCGUGUGACCUAUCAUCUAGCUUGGUCUUUGCAGAACAGGAGGGGCAACAUUUUUGUGCAAUUUUAAUUUUUAGGACCACACUACAUUCCAACAUUCCUUUUAAUCAUGUUUUUUAAUAUACUUAUGAGUAUAGAUGAAUAUAAUUAUAUACGUAUCUAUGUUUGUUAAUGUUUACAGGCAAGAUUCUUCCUCACGUCAUCUCGGUGAGUGGUGUAUUUCUUUGUUUAGGUGUUGCGCAGACCUCCUUGUGAAAAUUGUCCUAUUAAGGUGAAAUACUGUAUAAUGGUAUAUAUAGCGUACUGGUAUGACAUUACACAAGUACUUGUGACUUUUUAUUUUUCCUCAUUCACGUGUACAUAAUUGGUAUCAUAUUGUAAAGUACUUACCAACAGGCAGGGAGGUAUGUCGCCUGCCAUCUACACGUUUUUGUUUUGACUGACUUUUCUACAUUUUCUCUGAGCCGUUGUGCGUGGUCAUGUAGAGGGAAGUUAAUCAGCCUUAAGGGUUCCAUUGUGGCUGGAGGAACUACUGCCCAGAUUCAGUAAUGUUUGUGUACUGUGACCUUUUUUAUUAUUAUUUUUUUAAUUUUUGCCAAAACUCUCUGAAAAGCACUUUCACACACCUUGUCACUAUACUAUUUAGUUUAGGUCAUACAUAUACAGAAAUGUAUAUUAAAAGAACAUAAGUGUUUUGAAAAUGGAUACCUCUUCCUCUGGUUGUGACAGAAGAGUUUAAACUGUGUUGUAAUCUUUUAUUUUUCCUCAGUCUAAAAAAAAUUAACAAAAAAAUAGCAUAGCUGCUUUUUGGGGUAAAAAUAGGAAUGACUGCCAGCCUCUCGUGUUAAGAAAUCAUGUUGAAUUAUUUGAAUCGAUAUUGUGACACACAGUGGGGAUACCACAGUCCAGUAUAAUGUACAAAAUACAAACUGUACAGUGUUUUUAAUGGCUCAUCUGUCAAAUUUUUUUGUAUUUAUUGCACCACAUUUUAUACCAGUUUGUUUUUCGAACAUCAGUGCAGUAAUCUUGACUCCCUCUCGUUUAAAAAAAAUAAAUAAAAAAAGACAGGAAAUAGGAGGGGUUAAUGUAUUAUAUCUUUGUUUUUCUACAUUAGUGUAAUGAUUCCACAUUUGAUGACUCACUGUAUUUUGUUGUUAAAAGCAGUGUGAAGCAGUUCACUAUUGGAAAGUUUAGUUCUGAUAGAGGAUGCUCCUCCCCCUUCUCUGGCCUUUUGUUGUCAUCCUCCUGUGUUUUUAUUUUUUUGGGGUUUUUUUUAGCCACCCAAAGUGAUCAGUGCCAAUACAGAUCAGUUUAUUGGGGAGUCUUCCGACCUGAGAGUUGUUUACCAUAAAUGCUCUAAUUAUAACCACGGUGUAUAUUUACCUAAACCGCAAAGAGUACUGGGAGUUAAAUUGGAAGCAGGCAAUAAUUGGAGCGAGGCCUUUAUUUUUGAAAUUUGGAAACUCACUACAGUAUAUAUGAUAAUGUAUUUGAGUAAGUGCUUGAGAAAGUGGAAUGAAAACAUAGCUUCGUUUAACCAUGUGAUCAUUUUUUAAACAAUAUAUUGUACUACGUAGCGCCAACAAAACCAAUGUUGUUGAACCAACAGCAAACUUCUCAGCCAGCAUUCAUUAUAAACAACAGAACGGCAAGUGUAAUACACAAGUUUCACACAAACAGUUCGGUAGUGCAACCGACACUUUAAAGCGCAUGCAGAGGCAGAUAAAGCUUCAGGAUGCUGACCAAUCUUGGUGAAAUGCUACUGUACUUUCAUUUUGUUCACUAUCACACUAUAUGAAGAGAUUUUUGCCAUCAGCCACAUCUGUUAAUGGCGUUUAUUUUUAACCUGGUGCUAAUUAAAGAAUGGCGGUUAUUUGGUUUUGUAGUCCAUGCACCCAGCCAAUAGAGACUCGGACGUUAAUUGCAUCAAGGCUUUAAUUGGCGCAUUUAUGGAAAGUAUGUAGAAGAGGGGAAAACAAGGUAUGGAUGUAUAUAUGGGCAAAAACAACCCAGCCAGAUUGACCAUAUUUCCAUGUUCUGUUUGCACUUAACUUGCAUAUUUCAGUGCAAAUGUAUCAUUUGCAUGUGCUGUCUUUAAGGUCCCUUCAGUGAGACACUUGCUUUUGUCCCAACACUUUCCUCUCACCUUGGCCACUCACAUUAGCCACCUUGCAUCCACAAAUGUUACUACCAAACCGUAAUACUUUGUCAUCAAGGCACUUUUAUUUUCAUCCUUAAAUCGGUCUACAUGCAUGUUGCCAUCCAAACUUGAAUGUUAUUUAUUCAUGUUUGUGGACCACAGCCUUUGUUUUUUGCUUUACUGGUGACUCAUAUAACUGGUCUUUUCAGCUGAACUUCAUACUUUCAGCACAAAUCAUGUCUCUAGCACUCAGUUAGUCUUAAAAGGCCUCACCUUUUUGAAAUGUCUUUAUUCUCAUUUUUUAAUAACGGCAGCAAAACCAAACAGCCUGUAUUUUAUUUGCACACACUGAUUGCAUGACGAUGUCGCUCAGUGCCAUUUUUGCCCUCACUGUUGAUGCAGUUGGCAGUACUGUGUUAGAACGCUUCAUUUGUGUGUUGCAUCAUUUCAUUUGCGUAAAAAAACCCAAAUGUAUUUUGUUUAUUGGUGCCAUUUUUGUGGAAAAAAACAGCAGCAUGUUUGUUCCCAUGUAAGUGACCCUUAAAAAACAUCCAGGAAUUGUUUGUUUUUGUUUUUGUAUAUUACAGUUAGCAUCCACAACCCCUCUAGUGCUUCAAAGACUGUUUCAGUUCACUGUAACAUCUUUUUUGGUGCAACUUUGCUGACUUCUGUUGGUUUUUUGAUUGGCAGAGGAGCAAAAAUGUCGUAGUUUAACAAAAACUCACUUGCAAAGCACUCAAUUCUUUUUGUAGUAGGAUUACUUUCAGUUACUAACUGGGGUCAUAUCUAUCUCUCUUGGUGUUGCUUCAAUGAAAUCGUGGAUGAACACGACCACCAUGUCGAUUGCUGUUCAACCUGUGUUACUGCAUAUUGUUGACAAACUUGUAAAUAGUCUUGCAUUGUAUUUGCAUAGAAUCAUGUUACUGUGGCGUGCUAUUUUUAUUUUUAAUUUUCUUGCUUGUACAAUUCCGCUUCUAAAUGUGCGUGACUGUUGGGAAGACACUCUUUUUGUACAUGGCCGUCUUUUUAUUUGAAUAUAUGGAUUAUGUCCUUUUUUCAUUCAAAGGUUGAGUUGGAAGAGUUCAGACAUGCCUGAAGUUUGACUUUAAUAAAGCUGUACUCUUGUCUCAGUGAAA